CGCUAGUUUGAGCUCAGUGUGCGGAGGAAGACGGGCAGACAGAGACGCAGAGAGGUCUUCGAGACAAGAGAAAACACUUUGCUCUGAUCCAAGAAGACUUCUUACGACUUUUUAAAAAGAUGCCCAGCACGCGCUCCCACGGUCAGGCUCAGCCCACGCUGUCCUUCCCUCGCCGUAAGUCCUGCAGAGUUUCCUCUCGCUCCAAGACGCUGCAGCAGCCAGAUGAAUCUCCAACUCGGUCACCGACCAAACAGGCCCCCCAGCUCCUCCCCGGGAUCCUGACCCGGGUCGGUCCGCUGUCCCCGAGGCGCCCCACUGACCCGCCCACCCCUCUCUCCCCAAAACAACCUCUCCCUAACCUAACCCCCCUCUCCCCCAGACGUCCUGCAGCCCAGCCAGCGUCCCCGGGCCGACAGCCACGUCUUCCACUCAGCCCCCGAAAACGCACAGGUGAUGAGAACGGCUGCAACCUCGGCGGCGCCCUGCAGGCUUCCCCCCCGAAGCAGAGCCGGCCGACCCUGGGCUCGCCCCGACGGCUCGGCUUUGACGAGAACUCGCCCCGCCCGGCUCGCAUGAAGCUUGUCCCGUCCUCGUCUCCUGCCGCCAAACCGUCUCCUAGGAGACAGGAGACGCCGGCGGGGAGCCCGGCUCGUCACAACCCGGAGAGGAAGCCACCGGUUGCUCGACUCUUUGCAGAAAAGUCGAGGUUCGUGAGCGUGAAGCAGGCGCUCCACACCGCCGUCCCUGAGCGCCUCCUGUCCCGGGAGGCCGAGCGGGCGUCCAUCCGCUCGUUCCUGCAGGAGACGGCCCUGCAGCGCCGACCCGGCAGCCUCUACAUCUCUGGAGCUCCGGGCACCGGCAAGACAGCCUGCCUCAACUGUGUGCUGCAGGAGAUGAAGGUGGAGCUGUCGUCUGUGCAGACAGUGUUGGUGAACUGUAUGAGUCUGCGGAGCUCCCACGCCAUCUUCCCGCUGCUCGCCGAGAAGCUGAAGGCGCCCGGUGGGCAGAACGGCCUGCAGAGGUUCCUGUCGGCCCCGGGACCCGCUGUGCUGCUGGUUCUGGAUGAGAUGGAUCAGCUGGACAGUAAAGCUCAAGACGUCCUCUACACCAUCUUUGAGUGGCCGUACCUGCCCCAGUCUCGCCUCUGCCUCGUCGGUAUCGCUAACGCUCUGGACCUGACCGACCGCAUCCUGCCGCGGCUGCAGGCUCGGCCUCACUGUCGCCCCCUGCUGCUCAACUUCCCUCCCUACACGCGGCAGGAGCUCGCCGACAUCGUCCAGGACAGACUCACACAGGCGUCAGCGGACGGGAUCCUGGACGCCUCAGCUGUUCAGUUCUGCGCCAGAAAAGUGUCGGCGGUGUCGGGAGACGCCAGGAAAGCUCUGGACAUCUGCAGGAGAGCGGUGGAGGUUGUGGAGUCAGAUGAGAGGAAGAAAACUUCAGAUCCAACAGCUGAAACUAAAGCAUCGCGGGUCAGCCUCCCGCAGGUCGCCCGGGUGCUGUCGGAGGUUUACGGCGACCGCAUGGUGUCUCCGAGCGGCGGCGGCUCUGACGGAGAGAGUUUCCCGCUGCAGCAGAAGCUGCUGGUCUGCUGCCUGCUGCUGCUCACACGCAGCGGGAAGAGCAAAGAGGUCGUCCUCGGCAAGCUCCACGAGGUGUACAGCCGUCUGUGCGCCCAGCGGCAGGUGUCUGCGGUCGGCCAGGGCGAGUGUUUAUCUCUCUGCAGUCUGCUGGAGAGUCGAGGGAUCUUCUCUCUGAAGAAGAAAGCCAAAGAGGCUCGUCUCACCAAGGUUUUUCUAAAGAUCGAAGAGAAAGACGUUGAAAACGCUCUGAAGGAUCGAACGCUGCUGGGCAGCAUCCUCGCUGCAGGACUGCCCUCCUGAUCAUCUUUAUUUUUAUCCAGCAAGGGGUUUUUUUAUGCUUUUUAUUUUUUAAUUCUCGUUUUUGCUGAGAAUUUGUACAGUUUGUUUUUCUCUAUGAAUUUUAUUUAGUCAUGCUGAUGUUGAAGCUCAGUUUUUGAGUGAGUGUUAUAUUCCCGCCAUCAGUCACGACUUUACAGCUUUUUGUUUCAGUUUGGAUUUGAAACGUUUACAAUUUUAUGCUGUAAAUAAACAUGUACAGACAUUUUAA